UCGGUCGCUGUGCCACGAUGCACUCAUCUAAGCCGUUCGCCUUCGCUGCGCAGGUGUCUGCCCGUCUAAUCAUCCGGAUACUCAUCCUGGCCCUGGUUCCCGCCGCUUCUGAUGCCACGGCCCUCAGCGAACCACUUCGCUGCGAGUGGCCCGCCAGCCCUUGUCUGCUGUCUGCUACUACAGAUAGCCCGGCAGCGCCACCGCUGCCGUGCCUCAACUGCCCCUGGAUUCACGCACCGUCAUCGACAACAACCGAGGAGCCAUCUAUAAAAGACCAUCACCAACGCGCGGCACUCUGUGGGCUCGGUCGCUGUGCCACGAUGCACUCAUCUAAGCCGUUCGCCUUCGCUGCGCAGGUGUCUGCCCGUCUAAUCAUCCGGAUACUCAUCCUGGCCCUGGUUCCCGCCGCUUCUGAUGCCACGGCCCUCAGCGAACCACUUCGCUGCGAGUGGCCCGCCAGCCCUUGUCUGCUGUCUGCUACUACAGAUAGCCCGGCAGCGCCACCGCUGCCGUGCCUCAACUGCCCCUGGAUUCACGCACCGUCAUCGACAACAACCGAGGAGCCAUCUAUAAAAGACCAUCACCAACGCGCGGCACUCUGUGGGCUCGGUCGCUGUGCCACGAUGCACUCAUCUAAGCCGUUCGCCUUCGCUGCGCAGGUGUCUGCCCGUCUAAUCAUCCGGAUACUCAUCCUGGCCCUGGUUCCCGCCGCUUCUGAUGCCACGGCCCUCAGCGAACCACUUCGCUGCGAGUGGCCCGCCAGCCCUUGUCUGCUGUCUGCUACUACAGAUAGCCCGGCAGCGCCACCGCUGCCGUGCCUCAACUGCCCCUGGAUUCACGCACCGUCAUCGACAACAACCGAGGAGCCAUCUAUAAAAGACCAUCACCAACGCGCGGCACUCUGUGGGCUCGGUCGCUGUGCCACGAUGCACUCAUCUAAGCCGUUCGCCUUCGCUGCGCAGGUCAGUAAUCAGUAUUGUCUUUUCACAAAAAAAUCAAGUAACUACUGUCUCCUGCAGCUACCGAGCCCACAGUACUGCCUUUCGAUUGUUGUUGAAUGUUAUGAUGUAGUACGUACCUUGUUGCUGUUGGCUGGUGAUAUCGAGUCAAACCCAGGUCCCGACACUGUACUCGCAGAACUAAAGAAGCUGUCUACUGGUCAGUCACAACUACUCGCCGAGGUUCAAGGCCUUAGAAACCAACUAGCAACUACUGAACAGGCUAUAUCUGACCUCAGUAAGAGAUUAUCCAACCUAGAAACUCGCUAUCAAGACCUGGUAACACUACGCACCGACAUGGAUGCGAUCUGCACUAACACCACCCAAACAGCCAAAGAUAUCAAAGGAAUAGAAGCCCGCCUGGAUGACGCCGAAAAUCGCUCGCGACGAAACAAUUUAAUUUUCUAUAAUAUCACAGAUAACAAUGCAUCGGAAAACUACGCCCAAUCUGAAGAAACUGUCCUGCGCCUCUGCCGUGAUCACUUAGGUCUAACCAUUGACCCAAAAGAAAUUGAACGGGCUCACCGUCUUGGGCGCCAUUCUUCUGGGCGCUCUCGCCCAAUUAUAGUCAAACUGACAUUUUUUAAAACCAAACAGCUAAUUCUUUCAAAUGGCCGUAAGUUAAAAGGGACUGAUUACAGCGUCGGGGAGGAUUUUUCACGCCCUGUCCGAGAUGCGCGAAAGCAUCUAGUUAGAUUUGCCAAAACUAAAAACACAAAAUUUUCCUUGCGCUACAAAACAUUAUUCAUCGGUCCGAAACAGUACGCAUUCGACGAAUCAUCGCAGACAGUAAAAGAAAUCUCAUAG